CCUUUAAUUAAGCAUUACAUUAUUUUAUUGUGUGUUUUAUUUACCUUUCUGGUCACCCUAAGUCAGUGUUUCCCAACUCCAGUCUUCCGGUAACCCAAACGGCACACAUUUUUGUUAUAGCCCCGGACAAACACACCUGAACUCGUUGAGGGCUUGAUGAUUAGUUGACAAGUUGAAUCCGGUGUGCUGUUGGGGGUACUGGAGGACAAGUAGGGAAACACUGCCCUAAGUCAACUUCCAUCACAUUAGGAGGAAACCCAGGGUUUCCCAAACUCUGUCCUCGGGACCCCAAGGGGUUUGCAUUUUGCCCUAGCACUACACAGCUGAUUCAAAUAAUCAACUAAUCAUCAAGCUUUGAUGGACAGCAUUUGGGAAACGCUGAGUAAACAUAACCAAUAAUUGUGUUGCUAUACAAGUUGUGGGCUGCAGGGGGAGCAGCAGGCUCAGGCCCACAGACACAGGGCUGAGGUGUCCGAGCUGAGGGGCCAGCUGAGCCGUCUCCAGACCCAGCUAGACCGGGACCAGGUGGCUCUGCAGAACAAGGCCCAGGAGAUUGACACUAUGAAGAGGAUCUGCAGUGAAGUGAACGAGGCCAGGGAGUUUCUUUACAUGCACAAAACUGAGAACAAAGAGCUGCGGAGGGAGGUGGCGGAACUGCACCGCUCUCUGCACCAAUCACAGGUGGAGUCCCAGGCUCUGAGGGACGAGCUAAGAAACACCGGCAACCAAUCGGCACACAGCAUGCAUUCCAUGGACGACAAGAUCCGCCUACUGAAAGAGGUGGAAAGACUAAAGAGGUCUCUGUUGGAAGCAGAGGAAGGAAGAGUAAAGCUUCUGGAGAGAGCCAAGAGACAUCAACUGAUCCACGACACCAACCAGAAGAAAGUGGAGAAGGAACUUCGAGUCCUUGACGAUAUGAUUGAGACAGUCAGAAAGACUUUGUCUUCUGUUCCUGACGUUGUCAAGAACUGCAAGGAACUCAAGACUCUAGUGGAAUAUCUUGGUUAAUAUCAUAUUAUUCACUGUA